UUUAUUUCACUACCGGUAAAGACUCGUUAGAGGUUUAUUCUUUUAGAGAGCUUGGGGGCCAGCUAGGAUCUGCCCUGCUGACAGAGGGCAACCCGUUGCUGAUGCACUACCUAAUGUUCAUACCAACCUUAAUAGGUCAAGGAACCGCUGAACAACAAACAAUAUGGCUCCAGAAGGCAUGGACAUGCAACAUUAUAGGAACUUAUGCACAAACCGAACUAGGACAUGGAACGUUUAUUAGAGGGCUGGAAACUACAGCUACGUACGAUCCGAAAACGGAAGAGUUUAUUUUGAAUUGUCCCACAUUAACGGCGUACAAGUGGUGGCCAGGGGGGCUGGGUCACUCGGCUAAUUAUGCUAUUGUAUUCGCACAACUUUACACCCAGGACAAAUGCCACGGGAUUCACGCGUUUAUAGUCCAACUUAGGGACGAGGAAACGCAUGAUCCUCUACCAGGAAUUAAAGUAGGUGAAAUUGGUCGUAAACUGGGGAUGAACGGUGCAAAUAAUGGUUAUCUAGGCAUCGAGAAUGUCAGAAUUCCUAGAACAAACAUGCUUAUGAAAAACAGCGAAGUCUUACCUAAUGGUACUUACGUAAAAUCACCUAGUAGUAAGUUGACGUAUGGUACAAUGAUAUUUGCUCGAGUAGUCUUAGUGGAAUAUGCAGUUAUAUUGUUGAAAAGGGCUGCAGUUAUAGCCACAAGAUACAGCGCUGUGCGCCACCAAUCACAAAUUUAUUUAAAUGGACCUGAGGUACAAAUUCUGGAUUUUGUGACGCAACAAUACAAGUUAUUCCCUUAUAUAUCCAUGUGCUUCGCCUUCCAAUUUGCUGGAAGUUGGCUGUGGAAUACUUAUAACACAGUUAACGAAGAGUUGAAAUUCGGACAAUUGGACAAUCUGUCAGAACUACACGCAGUGUCUUGCGUUCUGAAAGCCGUAAGCAGCGCCGACGCGGCCGAAGGCGUUGAAACUCUUCGUUUGGCUUGCGGAGGUCACGGCUACAUGACCUCAUCAAAUUUACCGAACAUCUAUGGACUAGUUACGGCGGUGUGUACUUACGAAGGCGAAAAUACCGUUCUACUACUACAGACUGCUAGAUUUUUAAUCAAGGCCUGGCAAAAUAAGACGAACAUGGGUAAAUCACCGACUCUGAAGUAUUUGGAAAUGCCCCUCGAGGAAAACAUUCCAUUCGAAAGAUCGGUAAAUUGGAUCAUUUCCACUUUACAGCAGACGGUGGUAAGCAAAAUCAACCUAGUUAACCACCAUAUCAAUGAACGGGUUAAAAAUGGCGAGACAUAUGAGGAUGCUUGGAACAAUACAUCAAUAGAAUUGGCAGCCGUGGCAGUAUUACACGGUAGAACGUUUAUAGUCGAAACGUACUCUAACACCGUUAGCGAUUUCCAGAAGAAGGUUUCGCCAGAAUUACGUACCGUGUUGCAGCAGCUUUUAGAACUUUACGCGGUUUAUACGAUUCUCAGAUCGACUGGUGAUGUCUUAAGAUUUACUGGCACCUCAAGAAAAGAUAUUGAAGUGAUUCAAUUGUGGCUUGAAGAAUUAUUAGCUAGUAUACGUCCCAAUGCGGUUGGUAUAGUGGAUGGCUUUGAUAUGCGCGAUGAGAUAUUGUCGUCAACUUUGGGAGCUUACGAUGGCAAUGUUUAUCAGAGAUUGUUCGCCGAGGCACAGAAAAGUCCUUUAAAUGCUGAGCCAGUCAACAAAUCGUUCCAUAUGUACCUUAAACCUUUCAUGAGGUCUAAUCUUUAG